GAGAGUUACACACAUACUGUGUGCUACUGUGACGUAGUUAUGGCGUUGAAGAGUAAUCUGAGGCAAACCCAGUCACUGAGGAACAUCAGCGCAUCAUGUGACCUGCCCACCUGUACAGAGGAUCGGCUGCUGAACUGGAAAGUAUCUGUGUCGCAGCUUGUUGCCAGAUAUCAAAGCACUGUGGAAGUGAACGCGUCCACUCAGGCAACACCGAGGUACGACAGUGAAGUGAAACUAAAGCAGGCAACAUCACUCUCAUCACUGCCAUAUGUGAGCAGUCUGCUGGACAGCAAAGAGAGUCAGCUGCAGUCUCUGAUGAGGAGAAAUGAGGAAAGAGAAAUGUCUCGAGCUUCGACCAACCUGAAGCACAGUAAGUCAGUGGGAAGCCUUCAGAGCGGCUCUGGAACCAUUGAUGCUCUGAGGGCGCUGUUUGAGUCUAAAGCUGACAUACAGCACAAGGUAAAAAACAGUUUCAGAUCUGCCAAGACAGCAGACAUGAUCCCACAAUGGAUGAAUACAGAGGAUGAGGUGUUCGACAGCCCCACAGAGAUACCCCACAUGGAAAACUCCUAUCCUUUUCAAGACAGUGAUGACAAGGAUGUUGUAACAGCUAAGGAUUUAUCUGCUUCAGUCCGAGAGAGGCGGCAAGGUUUCAACGAGGCGUGUCGGGCUCUAAUUAACAAGGGUAUCCGCUUCAGUAUGCACUUUCCAAUCACUCUGACGGUGUACCACAAUGGCACCGAGCACAAGCUUGAAACAAAGAUGUAG